AUGAAUAACACCAUCAAAAACUCUCUUGACAAUAACAUUCCAAAGCGAAAGUGCAUGACACCCACCUGUAACAUAGACCCUCUCAAACAUUACUCCAGUGCCAUAAGAGCUACCAAGAGAGCAAUUAAUGCAUCAAAAAACAAUAACAGUGAAGAUGUCUUCUCAAGACUUCCAGCCAUCACCUCAUCAGCUUUACAAAAAAUUACCAGUAAUCGUCCCUGCACCAAAGAUCUUCAAAAACUGCUGAAAACUUUAAUCAAGGAAAAAUUAUUUAAAUUAAAUGAUAUUAUUAUUCAAGAAGUACAAAAGGCCUGA